AUGGAUGAUCCUUCGUUGCUCGAAGCCCCCGCUCUCGACCGGGGAACCCCUCUGUCUUCUCCAGCUGUCUCGCACUCUGCCUUCAUCGAUGUCGGCUGGGUUUCUGCUCUCGGCAGCGUCUGUGCUCUCGUCGCGUCUCUUCUCUCGGGGAUUUCCAUCUUCCUCCACCUUGCGCAUUACGCCUUUCCUUCUCUGCAAAAAUACGUCGUUCGAAUUCUCCUCUUCGUGCCUGUCUACGCUGUAUCUUCGCUGGUGAUUCUGUUUAUGCCGAGUCAGUUCGUGUACAUUGAGGCGCUGCGAGACAUGUGGGAAGCGGUGGUGGUGUACUCGUUCUUCUGUCUGAUUUUGGCGCGCUGCGGCGGAGAAGACGCCUGCGCGGGCGCCUUGAGCAGAGACCCAGGCUCAGUGCGUCACCCGCAGCCGGUCCCCUUCCUCUUGCGCCUGUGGAAGAAAAUUCUGCGGCUGCCUCCGACGGAAGCCGCUGCCCUCACGCCGCCGGCAGGGCGCUGCUUCGGUCCUGAGGCUCCGACGCAUGCGACCGCGCGUCCUACGAGUUCGGACAAAAGCGCUCAGCGGGAGCGCCGAACUGCAGGCGAGACGAACUUUUACGUCCGCGAGCCGAGUCGCAGGGAGGUCUACGGACGGCAGACGAGGAGACACAGUGGCGCCGCCUGCUGCUUCGGGGAAGACAGCAUGUUCUUGUGCAGAGAAGACCUGCCCACUGACCUCGCAUUCGUCAAAUGCUGCAAACGAUGGAUUCUCCAGUUCAUCUUCGUGAAGCCGACGAUGGCACUCGUCUCUCUGAUCAUGUUCAGCGUCGGAAAAUACCACAGUUUCUGCUUCCAGGUGCCGUACAUGAUCAUCUACAACAUCUCCAUCUGUGGAGCGCUCUACGCCCUAGGCCUAUUCUACCUCGCAACUCGCAAGCUCCCUGCUCUGCUCCAGUUCCAUCCGGUGGCCAAGUUCCUGGCGAUGAAGCUGGUCAUUGUCGCGACGUGGUACCAGGCCUUCUUCCUCGGCAUCAUCGAUGGGAUGACUGUGCGAGACGUAACAAAGUGGACGAACUGGCUUCUGUGCGUGGAGAUGCCCCUGUUUGCGUUGCUGAACGCGUACGCUUACCCGGUCGUCGAGUUUCUGCCUGGUGCUGGAGCGCGAGAGACAACUGUCUCCUACGAGGGUCACUUCCAGUCUUCGGAUUCCGGAUCUUCUGCCGUCGGGAAAUCUUCUUCAACUGUGGAUGGCCCCGGUCUGGACAAGAACCGGUCCAUGUUGGUGCACCAAGGAGUUGCAGUGGGCGACGUCGCGCGCUGCGAGGACAGCAGCGGGAAGCAGGGUGGACAGGCGGGGAAGAAACUGGAGAACUCCGCGUCGACUUCGAGCUCCGCGUUCAGCGAAGUCGGAGGAGCAGUCGCCGCCGCAGCCUCCAAAAUCGACGCGACUCUGCACGUCGCCGCCACCACCAUCGGACGUCCCUUCCACGGCAUCAGCUGCGUCGCAGACCCCGCUGCGCGCGAAGUGGCGCUGAGAAAUGUAAAGGACGCAGUCCUCAUGUCUGACGUUGUCACAGACGCCUACUACAACUUCCACGCCAAAUACAACCAACAUGCACUUCUCAUCAAUGAACCGCCGCCGGAGACGCAGAGUCCCCGUGAGAGCGUAUGCGACGAAAGUCCUUUUCCUUCGCCGUCGAGAGAGAGCGCGGAGACUGCUGCGGGUGCCUUUUCGACUUGCUUGCCUUCUGCUUCUCUCACCUCUCUCUCGUCUUCUCUGCCGUCCUCCGUUCCUUCCUUUUCUCUCAAGUUCGCUUCGGAGCCAGGCUCUCGGGGGUCGUCUGCGCCUGCGGUGUGUUCUGACGAAAGAAAGGAACAGUUCUUCUUCCCUCCGAAAACGGGAGAAGAAGCAGCUGACGGAUUCCCCUCUGCCGAGCGCGCAGCGGAAACUCCCUCCAGCGUUCCUCACUCUCGUACCGAGUGACAGAAGCGAGAGGGCAGGAAGAAAGUCACGACAAGAGGGAACGAAACCGUACGUGGUGGAGAAAAGAGAGGAACGAGAGAAAAAGAACGUUUCUUGGAAGAGAAAUGUCCUUUAGAAACAAGAGGGUGAGCGGAGUGUAUCGGAGAGAGGAGGGCGGUGAAAAAGAGAGGGAUUCGGGAUGAGCACAGGA